UUCUUCCUAUACUAAAAGUAAAUCUAAAUUUGUUUAAAUAUAUCAAUAAAGAAAAACAUAGGGAAAACACGCAAGUUCUUUGAAGUUUGCCAGUCGAAACCAGGAAGCAUUAUAAAUUGUAACUCGCUCGAACUUUAAUUUCUUUCGAUUCCUGCUAAUUUUUUUCCUUUAUAUUUUUGCUGGCCAUGAUACCGAUGCGCCUGCGCCAACGAGUCUCAGUGCUCGCCAGUGUUUACAAUUCAAAGUGAUACGGAGACAUGGAGGAUCAAUAGUUCGCGCGUCGUUUCCUGUUUUGUAUAAUCGCAUCAAUUCCGUCUUUUCUGUGAUCGUGCCUAAGGAUGCCGUCUCGCGGAGAGGAUAUUCUCAAAGGUUUUCAGGUUAAUUGGAUGAAUCUACGCGAUGCCGACAGUGGAAAAAUUCUCUGGCAGGGUAACGAAGACUUGUCUGUACCUGAUGUAGAACAUGAGGCACGUGUACCAAAAAAGAUCUUACGUUGUCGUGCAGUAUCAAGGGAGAUAAACUUUAGCUCUGCAGAACCAAUGGAGAGGUUUCGCCUGGAACAGAAGGUACUAUUUAAAGGGCGUUGUCUGGAAGAGUGGUUCUUUGAGUUUGGAUUCGUUAUUCCCAACAGUACUAACACGUGGCAAAGUUUGAUUCAGGCAGCACCAGAGAGUCAAAUGAUGCCAGCGAAUAUACUAAACGGCAACGUCGUGAUAGAAACAAAAUUCUUCGACGAUGAUCUCUUAGUGUCUACCAGUCGAGUCCGUCUCUUCUAUGUCUAAGGCGAUUUCCAAACGGUCCUAAUCAUACAUAACGUGGGACCAAUCAACGUGAACAGAAACCUUAUACGAAAAUAGAACAACGCACGUGUGAAAAGUUUCUUACAAACUGAACGUUUUUCGUCCUUUAAUAUCAAACACUUCUUAUGUAUACAUUAGUAAUACGAUAUAUUGAUAAAUCUGAUAAUUUUGUAAAAAUUUACAUUCUUAGAGAGAUUAAUGCAACCGAAAAAUUAUCAAAUUUUAUCAGUAGCAUUUUUGAAACAAGGGGCCUAAUGCAUCUAAAAUACGUUUUUCACUUGAUGAAGGUGAGAAUAUGACGCACUGUUAAAGCACGUAAUUUAUUUGUUAUUUGUUAAGUGUGAAUAAAUGCAAUAAGUUUUGUACAUAUUAUAACAUACC